AUGCCGCUGGGGAGCACUCUUCCCACAGGCCUCGCCCUGAGUGCACCUCUCGUGCGUCCACAGCCCCUGCAUGUGACACCACAUGACAAGGGCCCCACUCAAGACAAGUCCUUGCUACUUCUCACCGCUCCUCCCCUGCCGUCCAUUCCCCCUGCCCCUGGUCUGCCAUGGCUUCUCGGCUCGAUUCCAGGAUCCAGGGGUCCCAGAACUCCUCUGCUCCCCCCCACGUUCCUUCCCCCACUGCCGGCAAGUGUUGCCCCUUAUGAUACUGCUGCCUGUGCUCCUGCCGCAACUAUUGCCCCGGCCACUGGCGCUGCUGCUGGCGCUGUUGACGGGCGAGGCGGUGCAGGGCAAGGCGGUGGAGGACGAGGAGGGAAAGAGAGAGCGGAUCCAGAAUAUGAGGAGGCAGAGGCGGACGGAGAGGGGGGGGAGGUGAGAGGCGUGGCAGGCAGAGAGUCCACCAAAGCACCUGCCACAGCGCGAGGGAAAGACAGCUCCCCUGCAGGCGCAUCUGGGGGAGGCGGUGCGCCAGGCAGCGGGGGAAGCAGAACUGGGGGCGGAAGGGGGCCAAGUCUAGGAGGAACGGGGCGAGGCGAGGUGACUCAGCAGCUGCAGGCGCUGCAGGCACAGGACAUGUGUGGCAAUGGCUGUGGCAGCAGCAGCCGGGCUACCGACUACUCUCCGUACAACAACCCUGUAGUACCGGUGCAGGCAGGCACCCUUGCCAGUGCUGGCAGCAGCAUGACUGGAGGACAGCUGGCGUCGUCCAAUUGGUGGGGCAGCACCGGCUCCGGCACAGGCAUGGGCACAGGCAUGGGCAUGGGGACAGGCAUGGGCAUGGGAACAGGCACGGGGCCUGCUUGGGACAGCAGCUCGGUGUUUGCUGGCGCUGGUCCCUCCAGCACCACGCCUGGCGUUGAUGGCUUCACCGCUGCUGCGGCUGCUGCAGCUGCUGCUAUGGCAGCUGCUGCUGCUGCCACUGCAGCUCCGUCCUCCUCCCACCCAUUCGCAGGGCUCCUUCCGAACCAGCCUGCCGGCCCUCAUCCUUUCCCCUCCCACUCCUUCUCCCACCCUCUGCAAUUCCUCAACUUCCACCCCUCUCACACUCUCAACCAGGACUUGCAAUCACCUCCUGACUCCCUGAAUCCCCCAUCCUCCUCGCUCAUCCCCUUCCCGUGCACGCUCCCUCCAUUCGCCAGUCACAUGCAGAAUCAGCAGCAGAUGCUGUCUCAGGGCCAGCAGCAGAACCUGCCACCGCCGUUCCAGCACCUGCCACCACACAUAGCAGCCGCUGCUGCUGCUGCCGCAGCUGCAGCAGCGGCCUCUGGGCUUCCCCCUCAGCACCCACUAACUCAAUCCCUUGCUGCCGCUGCCGCUGCCGCUGCCGCCCUGCCGGGAAACCAGCUGACACAGACCCCUCACUUCAACCACCCGCAGCAUCACUCCCACCCGUUUUUUGCCGCUGCGGCUGCAGCAGCAGCAGCCUUCCCUCACCUCCCUCCAGAAGCAGCAGCAGCAGCUGCGGCUGCAGCAGCUACUGCCAACCUGCACAUGUCAACAACCGGCAUGUCGACCCUUCCUCUUCCCACUCCUCCGUCAACCCAUUCUAUGUUCUCGCAUGACCUGCAAGGGACUGGCAGUGCAGGACCCCUACCCCCAACCUCCACAGCAGCAAUCGCCUCGGUUCAAGCCAUGCCCAUCCUUCCUCACAACCCCUUCUCCUUAUUCUCUGCAAUCUCUCCUCCCCAGCCGUCCCUUGCUGGGCCGGGGGUUCUGCACUCUGCCACACAGCCUGGACACCUUGCUGACAUGGCGGCGGGUGUAUCCUUGCUGGGAGCGGGUGGGGGAGGGGAUGGGGGGACAGGGGGUUACCCCUGGCCGGGGCAGGGAGGAGGGUUGCAUUUCUCUGCAGCGUCAAUGGCUGCGGCAGCAGCGGCUGCUGCUGCAACAGCUGCAUCAGGAGGUGGUAUGGGAGGGUGUGGUGGAGGAGAAGCAGGUGGGGGAAAUGUGGGAGGUGGUGUUGGUCCAGGGGGAGGGGGGGUGCAGAUGGAGAGGAGGGUUGAGAUGUAUGAUAGGAGGGAGGCAGCGCUGAGCAAGUUCAGGCAAAAGCGGCUUCCCCCCCUUCUUGCCAUGGCUCUCUCACUGUCGGAUAUACCCCUCGCUGCUCGGGCGACAGGAGCCGCCAUUACAGAUUCAGUAACGCUCGGUCACGCGUCUCGCGUCGACAUUCGCCUCGAUGCCGCGUCGCUCUCUCUCACCCCGGCCGCGAGACGCCUUCGUUGCUCUCGGCUCUCCGCAAGUCAAGCCUCGCUCCGUUUUAAGCCUCUCCGUCACGCGAACGGUAGCAAUGCUCGCGCGGAGACCACUUCUGUCAACUCCACCGCUGCUGCUCACUCCGUCGAUAACUCUUUAUCAACAGCUCUUUCCGAAAUUCAGCUUCCGUCAUCGUCUUCCGUGCCGCCAUCUGCAUUUGAAAGCGAAAACAAAGGAGGUGCGAGGAAGAACAGGCGAAAGGGUAGAAGGAGAGCCGUCGACGAAACUCUUCAGAAUGAGAAAAGCUGUAUUCAGGAAGGCGUCAGGCCGGCGAAUCUGAGCCCUUCUGAAACGUCGGACGCGGCGUUCGUCGCGGCUCUCACGUCCCUAGCAGCUACUCCAGAGAACGGGCGGAGGAAAACGCAGGAACGCGAGCAGGGGGACGAUGCGCAUACCAGCAGCUCCGAUGCCAAUCUAGCAGCACUUCUCGGAAAUGAUUCAGCGUGGAAAACCGGGCUGACUGGAGGCGAUGUGUCCCCCGAGUCUGGUUCGUCGUCACGGUUCGGCGCCCAUGCCAGUGACUCUGGUUCGGCUGGUGCAGCUGACGUGGCCGGCGCGGGGAAGGCGCAGCAGAUCGCGGGUGAUCCGUACGGGAAGAGGGUGCUGGGGCGGGCCGUCGUGCAGUGGAUGGCGCGCGGGAUUGCGCGGAUGGCGCAGGACGUGGCGGAGCGGGAGGCGCGCGGAGAGGAGGGGUUGGAGGGGGUGGCUGCUGGCGGAAGCAUGGCGGUGCUGGCGCUGGCGCAGGAUCACCUGCAGAGGGAUAGUCGUGUGUCAUCGUUGCGUCUCCUCCAUUAUUCACCGCCCUUCUCCCUUUCGUCUGUCUUCCUCUCGAGCAGAGAGCCGAUGCCAGAUGGCGAGCAGCCGCGGUGCCACGUGGCGAUGAAUCACUACCCCACGGUACUGGACCAUCUUCAGCGGGAGCUUCAGGCGGAGCUCAAGAGACGACAUGCACAGCAGGCGGGUACGGGGGAGCAGCAGGUCAAGGCUGUUGUGAAAGCAUGGAAUGAGAGCGCUUCGUGGAACGUUCUGAAACAGCUCAUGAAAUCUGGCCAACACCGGGCUACCAUCCGCCAGCCAAUCAGCACUCUCGCCGCUUCAGCUACCGCCUCCCAGAAGCGCCAGACAAACCUCGCCGCCCUCCUCUCCCCCUCCGCACUGCAAGCCGCCCAGCAGCGAAUCAACGCCUACGUGGCAACGGCCGCGGAGCUCCUCCAAAUGGAGCGAGACGCUGAGCUGGACGCAGUCGCUGCUGAGGUCAGCAACACCCAGUUAACAACUGCCUCCAGUCGUCCAGAGACUGAAGCCAUCAGCGAGGGUGCCAAAGAGAGGAGGAGGCGCAAGGAGCGAGGGGAGGUGGAGAGAGGGCUGGCGAGAGAGGGGGGCACUCUGACGGACUUAGUCGCUGUGGGAACGUCUACUGGGCUGGCCGGCGUGCAUCUCAUCACCCUCGCUUCCCCCAGCUCGGGUCUCCUUUCCGCCUCUACCCUCUCCCCGGGCGACGCCAUCUGUCUCUCCCCUGAUUGGUCCAAAUGCAGCCGCAUCGGCAGUGGGAGCAAGGCUGGUGCGCGUGCUGCUGCAGCAGCGGCGGCUGCUGUGUGCCACCGAGGGUAUGUGCACGAGAUGGGGGAAGAUGGGCAGAGCCUCGUGGUUGCACUGGACGGGAAGCUUGGCGUGGGCAGCAGCGGCACACGCAGUGGAGCGGGCACAAGUGGGUCGGAGAGUGAAGGGGAGGGCGGCAGCAGCAGCGGCGGGAGAGGGGCGUUCUCACCGCUGUAUUUGCAGGAGCUCUUUGGCGUGGCGCUCAGAGUGCAGCGCAUGUCAGGACUCGUGGACUUCACAACGUUCGAGCGCAAUUGCGAGGCACUGGAGCGACUCAAAACGUUCGCGCUCAAGCCCAAGAGCCCUGCUCGCGCCGUCGCUGCUGCCCUCUUCGCUCUCCCCCUUGCUGCUGCCCCUGCAACAGCUAUACCACCAACAUCCCCUGAAGCAUCUGGAAAUGCAGCCAGCACCGUCUCACCAUCGCUAUCCUCGUCCCCCCUGCCCUCCUCACCCUUCUCAUCCUCCUCAUCCUCCUCCCUGACCUCAGCAUCCGCCUCUCCCUCCUCUCCUCAACCCUCCACCCUCUCGUUCGACCCCAGUCAGCUGGCAGCCAUUCAUCUCGCCCUGGACCCUGCCCGCCCUGUGGUGGCCAUUCAGGGCCCCCCAGGCACCGGCAAGACGUCCGUUGUCACGGAGAUUAUUGCCCGGGCAGUCAGAGAGGGGCGCAGAAGGGAGAGGGAUGAGGAGGAAAAGAGGCAGGAGGAGGAGGAGGACGAGGAGGAGGAGGAGGGGGAGGGGGAGGUGGAAGGUGGGCGGGGGAUGGACACUGGAAAGCAAGCACCAGGUGAUGCAAGGACGAAGCAGCUGCGAACAAAGAAGCACCGGGUGCUGGUGUCAGCGCCCACCAACGCGGCAGUGGACGUGCUCGUGGAGCGCCUAGCCUCCCAGGGCCUGGCAGUCGCUCGGGUAGGCAACCCCAUGCGCCUCUCCCCUACCGUCACGCCCUACUCCCUGGACCACCUUGUGGCCGCCCGCCUGCGCUCCUUCCACCAAGACGUUGCCCGGCGCCGCCGCGACCUCAGGUCGGAUCUCCGCGCUGUCGGCUCCGACUCCGCCCUGCGCUCCGCGCUCCAGAAGAUGCUGCGGCGCCUGGCGCGCGUGGAGAAGCAGCGGGAGAAGGAGGAGGUCGCGCAGGUGCUGGGGGAGGCCGAGGUGAUUCUCUGCACCACCACGGGGGCCGGGGAGAAAGUGGUGCAGGACAUGGCGAGGCAGGAGGGCGGGUUCGACCUGGUGGUCCUAGAUGAGGCAGGGCAGGCAACGGAGCCGUCUAGCUGGAUACCCUUACUGCUGGGGCGACGAGCUGUGGUGGCUGGGGAUCCGUGGCAGUUGGCGCCUACAGUGCAGUCUGUGGAAGCCCAGCAGCGGGGGCUGGGGGUUUCGCUCAUGGAGAGGAUUCAGGAGGAGGGGCUGCUGGGGAGUGGUGGGGGAGAGGGGACGGUGGAGAACGGUGGGGAGCGGUGCGGUGGCAGUGUUGCUAUGCUGCGAGUGCAGUACCGCAUGCACCGAGCCAUCUCGGACUGGAGCUCUGAGGAGAUGUACCACGGGCAGCUCAUGGCCUCGCCUGCUGUUGCCAACCGCACCUUGGCUGACAUUACACUGCCUUCUCCUCCUGGCCCCCACUCCUCCUCAUCAUCAUUCCCCCAGUCCUCCUCCCACUCCCUCCCCCCUCUCCUAGCCCAUCCAAUGCUUCUGAUCGACACGCGCUCCCCCCGUGGUCUGCUGCACGAGCACUGCGAGGAGGCGCCUGAUGCAGCAGGCACGGGGUCGCUGGUCAACGAGGGCGAGGCCGACUUGGUCGUGGAUCACGUCGCUCGUCUUAUCUCAGCCGGCGUGCCACCCGGGUCCAUUGCUGUGCAGUCGCCGUACCUCGCCCAGGUGCAACUCAUCCGCCAGCGCCUCGAGGAGCGCCUGGGCGGCAUCGUUUGGCCGCACGCUGUGGCUCGGGAGGCCGGGGAGGGAGAGGGAGGAGGAGGAGGGGGUGCUGGGGAAUGGGAUGUGGGGGCGGUGGAGGUGGCUAGUGUGGAUAGCUUUCAGGGGAGGGAGGCAGACGCUGUCAUUAUCUCCAUGGUGAGUCGUCUUCCUCUGCAGGCAAGCAUGUUUUUCUGGUGUGAGAAAGUGAUGGGGUCAUGCUGA